AUGUUCUCUAAGGCCUUCCUUGCUCUUGCCUUCGCUUCUACAGCGUUUGCAGGCGUUUUUGUGACCUCACCCACUCAAACGACCACUUUCCAAGCUGGCCAACAAGCCACUAUCUCGUGGCAAGAUGACGGAAAGGCUCCCUCUUUAUCGUCAUUUGGACCAUCCAAGAUUUCUAUUUACGUAGGGAACUCUCUGCAACAAACUUCGCUCCAACUCAUCAACGGCAAUGUUGAUGUUUCUCAAUCUUCGUCCAUCACUUUUACUCCUGACCCAUCUAUCGGCCCCAACAGCAACCAAUAUUUCAUUAGGUUCGAAUCCCUGAGCCUGAUUGAUAACAGUGUGCAGCCUCCCAUCCCGGCCCUUUCCUUCUCCCACCAGUUCACUUUGGCCGGGAUGACUGGAACGUUCAGCCCUGCUGUCAGCGCUCAAAUCGCUGGUCAGUCAACGGCACCUAUCGGAGGCGCUGUCGCCACCUCAGCCGGCCCCGCAUCCACUGGAGGCUCCCCGUCUGCUCCCGCUAACCCUACCUCUGCGAAUUCCACAUCGAAGAAGGCCACCAGCACCUCGUCCAGCGCACCUACCUCUUCCCACUCAAGCAGCGCCAUGAGCAUUCACGUUGGAUGGGCUGGAGCAUUCCUCAGCGCUCUGGUUGGCAUGACCGUGCUUUAA